CCACCGCAUCGGCCUACCACACCGCCACUCGACGCGCCUCCUCGAAACACCUCGUAUAAUAGACCCUAGGCUCGACCCUGACAUCGACGACCCGCGCUGCAACGCUUAGCCUAACGUAGUCAUUUGCCUCCUCGAACCCUCGAUCGUCUGCCAUCACUAGUCGCCGGUUGAUCUCGCUGCCGGUUUCCGCUGCGUAUUUAACCAGCUCCCGCUCGAGCCAACCUCCGUUCGUUUGACUUCAUCGCCCAUCGCUCGCCACACACCGUCCGUCAACCGCCAGCAAACAUGCCCGCGACCCUUUCUACUAUGCCCGAGGAGAUCCUCGAGCGCAUCCUCGAGCUCAUUGUUACCCCCGCUACCCUUGGCACAAACUACCGACCCGCCUGGCACCCAGCCCCCGCUGCCCCAUCCAGCAGCACGCACCUGGCGCCGCUGCUCGUCUCGCACACAUGGCUGCGCAUCGCAACGCCUCUGCACUACCGGCACAUCGUCCUCCGCUCUGCUCAACACACGGUGCUGCUCGCACGCACGCUCCGCGCGAACCCGGAGCUCGGCCGCUGGGUGCGCAGCGUGCGCGUCGAGGGCACCUUCGCGGCGCUCCCGGACGUCGUGCGCUGCUGCCCGCAGCUCGAGGGCUUCGACAUGACCGUCGACAAUGGGUCGGACAGCGACGCCGACUCUGCUGAUGAGGCCGAGGCGCGCAUUGCGGACGCCAAGGUUGUGCGGUUCUGCAGCGCAUUCGCGCACAUGCGUCAGAUCAAGCACCUCGUCAUCCGCAAGAACGCGUAUCUGACGCAGGCGCGGCCCACGCUCAUCUUCGAGGAGCUGGGAAAGGCGAUCAGCCGCUGGACGCACUUGGAGACCGUGAACAUCGCAUUCCGAUUCUCGCCCUCACCUGCGUCCGCAUCGUUCGCUGCGUCGCUGGCCGUCGCACCCCGCCUGCGACACGUCCGGGCACUACUGCCCGCGGUGUGGAACAACACUCUACUCGAGAUCUCGGCGAACCCGGCGCUGGAGCGCAUCCAGCUCACGCCCGACACCGAGCUCAUCGGGGCGCACCUGUUCCUGUCGGAGGCGCGCAAGCACGCGCGGCUGAUAGAGCUGAUCCGCGCAGGGACGCCCAUCAUGCGUAUGCGGGCGCGCACGACGACCGCGGUGCCUAUGUCCGCGCCAGUCUCCGUCUCGCCGACGUCGCAGGCACCGUAUCAGCAGCGCACGAACGCGCGACGCACGAAGGCCGAGCAAACGUACGUGGAAUCUAUCCCCCUGUCCUACCGCCCCGGCGAGUCAAAUUGCGGGGCGGAUGUGCGGCGGAGAGAUGGGAAGAUAUGUGCGGCGGGGACGGCAGGAUCUCUGCAGGGCGACAGCGGGUCUGGGGAGAUGUGCCAUGAUGGGCUGGCUGAUGCUCGGAAGCAGAUCGCAUCGAGAAGGGGCGUCGCUGCUGUCUCCCCGGCAUCACUGGACUCGACCGUCUGCAUCACCCACGCUACGAUCGUGAACCUUGUCCUGGGGACAGGUUUGGUGGCCGGUGCAGCUGUUGCUCGAGGGCUCGCAGCGCACAGCUUGCCAAUUGAGGCAGCGACCGUGAUGGGAGGUCAAUCGGACAGCGCUAAUGAUGCCUGA